CCGGAUAGGUAAACUAUACCUUCUUAAGUACUGUAAAGUUCAUUCGCUCCUUUUCUCUGCUCUCCUCUUUCGCUUAUCGCCAUGUCGGGCGUGGAUCAGCAGACCGCAACGUCUGCAACGACAGCCACUUUCGUCACAGCGCUUGUCUUCAAUGCUGCAGUCUUUGGGAUUGAAAUCGGCUUGUUCACAAUUCUACGUCCUUACUUCAAACAAAUCUAUGAGCGGCGCACACUAGUUCCAGUUGAGAAGGACCGUGUCAAACCUUUCAAUGCUGGAUUUUUAACUUGGCCUAUUGCCCUAUUCAAAACAGACUAUCGUGAUGUUCAACAAGUCAACGGACCAGACGCCUACUUUUUUGUUCGGUUCUUGCGGAUGAUGAUUCGCGUCCUUCUACCUAUCUGGCUUAUUUCUUGGGCCGUGUUGAUGCCAGUCACCUCCGUCAAUAAUUCUUCCCCCAAUAGCACCGGACUGGAUCGCUUCAUCUUCGGAAAUGUUACCAAGGAACACCAAGAUAGAUAUGCCGCCCACAUCAUUCUUGCAUACCUAUUCACUUUUUGGAUUUACUGGAACAUCCGGCGUGAAAUGAAACACUUCACCACAGUUCGUCAGCUGCACCUCAUCAAUCCUGCCCAUUCUAGCUCUGUGCAAGCAAAUACGAUUCUUGUGACCGGUAUUCCUGCUAGUUAUCUUUCUGAGUCCGCACUUCGCCAGUUGUAUUCUCACCUUCCUGGUGGCGUGAAAAAGGUGUGGCUCAAUCGGGAUCUGAAGGAGCUUCCCUCUAUCUACGAUCGUCGCCUGGCUGCUUGCGGAAAACUGGAGUCUGCAGAGACAUCACUGCUUUCAACGGCCGCUAAACUUCGACGAAAGGCACUAAAGAAGGCCAACGGCGCUGGUGAUCCAUCUCCUUCGACUGAUCCCGAGCGUAAUGUGGCUUUGGCGGAGCGUUUGGUUCCUCGGGAUAAGCGGCCUUCGCACCGUCUUCCAGCCGGUUUCAUGCCUUUCUCACUCCCUUUCAUCGGCGAAAAGGUUGACACGAUUGAUUGGUGCAGGCAAGAGAUUGCUGCUGCUACGGGAUUGUUGACUAAAGGCCGCCAAACUCUCGCUGACCAAGGCCUUUCGGUGCCAGAAGAUGUUAAUGGAGAUGGAAAGGUGGACAAAAAUGACCGCGCCAAGCAGCCUUACCCAGCUCUCAAUUCCGCAUUUAUCACUUUCAACCAACAGAUCGCUGCUCACCUUGCAGUUAACGCCUUGACUCACCAUGAACCAUACUGCAUGGCCGACCGGUACCUCGAAGUGUCUCCAUCUGAUGUGAUCUGGGGUAACCUUGGGCUUAACCCGUAUGAAAAGCGCAUUCGGCUGGUGAUUAGCUAUAGCGCCACCGCAGCUCUAAUCAUCUUCUGGGCUAUUCCCGUUGCCUUUGUCGGUAUCAUCUCCAACAUUGAAGGUCUUUGUCAUCGCGAAUCGUGGCUCGCUUGGUUAUGCACGCUGCCAAACGUCGUCAUUGGAAUCAUACAGGGUAUUUUACCCCCCGUGUUACUGGCUGUCCUCAUGAUGCUCCUGCCAAUUGUCCUUCGUCUCCUUGGGCGCUUCGAGGGGAUUCCGACGCACACAGGUCUUGAAUUGAGCUUGAUGACUCGGUACUUUAUUUUCCAAGUAAUUCAUUCGUUCCUAAUCGUCACUUUGACUUCGGGCAUCUUUGCGGCUCUCCCAUCAUUACUCUCAAACCCCAGUUCGAUAGCUGGUCUCCUGGCUCAAUAUUUGCCCCAAGCAUCGACUUUCUUCCUGACGGUUUAUCUGGCGCAGGCUGGAGGAUUUUUGAGUGCUGUUUCGCUCGUCCUUUACUACGUCAAGCUGUAUAUUCUUGGCAGCACGCCACGCUCUGUUUAUAAUAUCAAGUACGCACCGACAACUGUUGCUUGGGGAACGUUAUUCCCGUCUAUCACUCUGCUUGUUGUCAUCACAUUUGCUUACUCUCUUAUCUCGCCUGUGAUCAAUGGCCUUGCAUGCUUCACAUUUUUCCUUUUCUAUCUCCUGUACAAGUAUCUCUUCCUUUACCAGUACACACAGCCGCCAUCGGCUGAUACAGGAGGCUUGUUCUUCCCAAAAGCGAUUCAACAUAUGUUUGUUGGGAUGUAUGUCCAACAAAUCUGUCUUUGUGCCUUGUUCUUCCUCGCGACGGCUCCGGACGGGAAGCGAGGCGCGCUUCCAGAGGGCGUGCUAAUGAUUGUGUUGAUCCUCCUCACCGUCGGCUACCACGCCAUCAUCAAUAGCUCCUUCGGUCCGCUCACCAGGGCUCUUCCAAUUAGUCACGCGCACAAGACAUUCAGGCAUCCAGCGCCUUCUCUAGAUGUACGGGAUGUCGAUGGUGGUUCAGGCUCAAACAACAAGGAGACGACUGAGGAGGGACCUUCGCCGGCUGACAAACCUCGCGUCUCGUCCUCUGAGUCAGGCGCCGAACAUGCACCCCGUGGUGACUAUGACGACGUGUUCUUUGCUCGCGGGCCAGACGGUGCGGAAGAUUAUGGGUUUGCGCAACCGGCUGCGAGCCUCCCACAGCGCAUCGUAUGGAUCCCCGAUGACUCGCUCAGUUUGGGUCUUGAGGAGGUCCAGACGAAUAGGGAGUCGGGCGUCAAGGCGACCACCCAAAACGCGAAAAUGGACGAGCACGGGAAGGUAGAGGUGACAGGUCCCCCUGUCGACCUUGCAAAGUUCUGAGAGAUGUGGAGUAAUCGAGGUUGUUUUCUGUUCUCUUUUUUUUACUCGCCUCCUUAUCUGUGUCUUGUGAAACGCGGUAUCAAUCUCCAAUUCAGCUUCUUGUUAUGCUGUACAUUCCACUUCAUACUCGCCAUACGAUAAAUAUUCACGUCACUCUGAUGCUUCAUUCAUGUCAACUAUCGUCAGUUUCAUCUAUUCUGUAUACCCACAUUGUCCCAGUACAUAAUCUUGUUAUACGCUUACGAUUGUCAUUUUACAAUUCAGUACUUGAGUUACUGUGA